GCCGCAUUCGCCGAGUCGCUACGCCAUGGCCAGCGCAACAGUCCUCCCACCUGUCCAUGACGCUGCCGUCCACGGAUCACGACCGACGACGGCGCGAACGCUGAAGCAAGCGUCGUCGUCAUGGGCCAAACGCACAUUCAAGUCGCUGUUUGUAAUCCCGACGAUACGGUUCUUGCUUGGCGCGGCGUUUGGCUUGACGGCGACCGUCACCAUUUGCUUCUUUCCGUUUCCCAAAGGCAAGUUCAUGAGCUUCGCGUGCGCGCCACUUGCCCUCGUGUUUGCCUACCUCCUGGACAAGUACACCCACACGAGCGUGUGCAUGUCCACCACGGCCAUUCAAGUAUUACAGGGCAAAGCAAGUUUCGCCGCGGCGUGGAUCGUCUACUUGGGCAUGUACUUUGGGUCGUCGUUCAUCAUCAACGAAUUCCACCACGCAAUCGAGACAUCUCCCCCCAGGGACCGCCAGUACAUGGAGCUUGUGGUUGAAAAGCUCUACUUCGCCAUGAACGAGACCGUGUCCUCGCGCCUGCAGCAAACGGCGAUCGUCACCGCGUUCUUCUACGGUUUCGACCACAAACUCAUUCGAGCCGUGCUUCACGUCAUGUCGUUCGUCUGGCUUGUGCUCUUGCCAGAGAUGAACCCCGCCGUCGCGAUGGGGUUUUUCGGCCGAACCAAGCAACUCAGCGGCGAAGACCGCGCACGCUUCUGGGUCAACUUUGCGUUUCUUGUCACGUCCAGCCUCAUCUUCAUGAAGGUUAGCGACAUCCUUUUGCGCGGUAUCAAGGCCCUGCGCACGCCAAAGCUCAAGCACACUUAACGACUUGGCUAAUGUCCCAUUCCAUCAUGUCACAAUUCUGAAGGUUCAACCGAUUGUCCGGAUACACACACAAGAGCUACGGAUACAUGCAAGAUGAACACCACAGUAUUGAACUAGGAAACGAAAGAUCAACAUUCUGAGGGUUCAACGGAUUGUCCGGAUAAAAUACAAUAGCUACGGAUAAAUACAAUACGAACACCAUUG